CUCACCUUGUCCUCGGUAAGAAAUCAUACCUUUUGAUCCUAUCCUUCUGGUGGCAGUAGCUCGAGCUUGCUCCGGAGCUAGGUCGAACAUGAGGGCUACCCGCCUUAACCACCACCGUUACAACAUAUGUAUCCUGUACUUUUUCGUAUUUUUCUUCUGUUCUACGUUUACCCGAGCAGACGGGAAAAUGGCCACCAUUCCUACCAAUCCCUCUGCUUCGUCACAAUCACAACUCGGCGGGAGAUUUCGCCGAAAUCACCAUAACUCUAGGCAGAAAAGCCAGCAGGAGCCGCUUCACAGGCUGCUAACAGAAGCGCAGAAGGCCGACCAGAACUUACAAUAUAUGUUAAGUUUGUAUAAGAGCGCGGCCGACCCGGAUGGGAUGCCAAAACAGCAUCGGCUGUUCGGGUCGAACACAGUGCGUCUGCUGCGACCCACCACCACCCAGGUGUGGUCUCUCACAGCGUCUUCAGUCCUGCGCUACACCUACACAGUGGAGUAUGACCUCCAAUCCCUCUCCCUGGAGCAGCUAAUGGGAGCCUCCUUUGUCCACCUCCGUACUUCCAGGACGCCCCACCCCUUCCCUCUCCGCUGCAGGGCCAGAGUCACCUCUCUGGGGCAUGAUAGCUGGACAAGCCCCCCUGGAGGUCUGGGGCGCCUGGUCACCCUGGAGCCGCAUCAGCAGUGGACAGAAACUGACAUCACAGAGCACCUCACCACACAGGUGGUAACGCUGACCCAGGGAAGGCCAAAGCAAGGGAGUCACCUGACCCUCUCGGCCCAGUAUUGGUGCUUGGAUCCUGGGCAUCGGAGGAGCGAGGCCUGGGGCGGCCUGUGGAGGAGCAGAGGGCGAGGGGGACACAAGAGGGGGAGGAGGGCAGCCUCCGGAAAUCACCUCAACGCCCCCGCUCUCCUCCUCUUCAUCAAUGAAGAGGAGGAACCCAGAGAGUGGAGGGCGGCGACCCGAACGGGGGGGUCCGGUUUGGGGGGUCCGACUCUGGAGCCCCACCACUUCUCCGCCCCCCGACCCCGUCGCUCCAACGGCCCUAACCCCCCAGGCAGCAUCGUCUCCGACAUCCCCAACUACCGAAAACACAAGAAACCCUCACCCAAGAACCAGUGCAAGCUCCACUCCUACCGGGUCACCUUCGCCGCAUUAGGCCUGGUCAAAUACCUCGCCCCACACCAGUACAACCCUGGCUACUGUAAAGGAGACUGCCCCAGAAUCCUCCACUACGGCCUCAACCCGUCCAACCACGCCAUCAUGCAGAACCUGAUUAAAGGGAAGGGGAUGGAGGAGGUGCCGUCGCUGUCCUGCGUACCAUAUAAGUACAAGCCCAUUAGUGUGCUGAUGCUGCUGGACGACAACAAGACAGUGGAUUAUAAGGAGAUCCCUGACAUGAUAGCUGAGUCCUGCACCUGCCGGUAGUUAGA